AUGAGCUUAUCAGCGAGAGGACACUUAGUGAGAGCUAGCCUCUACUCAGAAGUGCUACUGAUGCUAUCUCGGGACUAUGAUGUGGCGGAAGAUCGGUAUAACUUCUUGGAUUUCUCUCCAGCUGAAAGGGACAUAAUCCUACGUCACUUCCCAAUCUACAAUAGGGUUGUUGAGCACUUAAAAAUUUCAGGCCGCUUUUUCCAACAGCUGAAUCUGACUCACACAGAGUUUGUUUACGCAUGUGCCAUUGGAAUCCUUAGGCAUUAUUUCAUUCUUGCCGACCCAGCAUAUACGGAUGCAAGGAAGUUGCUUCUGCUGGCUAGACAUUCACUACUGGCAACGAUGCGCUCACAAACUGAAUCUCAAGAAUUGGUUGAUCACAAGUGGAAUCGUCUAGAAGCACUUAAUGAAAUGCUUUCAACUAUGAGCAAAGAAUACAGAGAAAUCGCGCAACAGUUACAGGUAACUUUGAUAAUAAAUCGCUUCACUUUCAACGGAAUUAUGUUAAGUUGUCAAUGGAUAUCACCUCUGAUUAUUGGAAUGAUCGAUGCAAAUUUUAUUCCUCCAAUCAUUCUUGGGUGGUCGACAAAAUACGGCGAAUUCACAAAGGAUAUUAAUGUUGAAUAG